UAUAGAUUUACAGUAUUUCAUACUUGAGAGUAAUAAUACUUAUGUACUUUAAAACAGAAUAUUUCUAGAAAGCCAUAGAAAAUAGUUCAUACAACAUAAUAAGGAAAUACUGCAGAUUUUAGAUAUAAUCUCAAUAACAAAACAACAUUAGUGAUUACAAUUAGUGAAAAAACUCACAAUUCAGCAAAAAAUAGAUAUGACAGCAAGACGAAGAAGAACUACAAUAGAGCACCUACGUACUGUGAUGUCAGAAGAUGUCAGUGACAUAGAAACAGAAUCUGAAGAUGAUCAACCACCAGAAAGACCAAGCACUGAAAUCUCAGUAUAUACACUAUUUCCAAGAUUUGCUGCUAAGAUGUUAGGCAUAUUCUACAUUUUUACUGGACUUAUUAAACUCUUGGCAUGGUCAAGAAUCAAUGGGGCUAUAACCAGAUCAGCUCUAAAUCAAUUCAUCAUAUACUCAGAAAACUUCCCGCUUGCCAUAUUUGGGUUUCUACCAGAUCCAGAGACGUAUAUGUUCACGAUUGGCUGUAUAGAAAUGAGCUUUGGUGCAGUAUUAGGAUUUGGGGGCCACUUACCAUCACGGAAGCUCGCAUCCCUAGGACUCGCUGUUAUUAUGGUGGGAGCAACACUGACAUACAUUUCAAUGCUAGAGCUGAGACUUUUCCUUCCACUUAUUUUCCUUGUUGCGUUAAUAUGGAUUUACUUAUGUAUAGAGGAACCUCCAAGGACCACAAAAGGAAAGAAGAACCAGUAAACUGAAUAAAUUCAAAUGAUUCUUGAAGAGAUAUUGUCCAGGAGCUAUAAUGCAGAGCCAUUGCUCAAAUAUAUUGUAUCCACAGAAUCAUUUACCAUUAUAAAUUGGUAUAAUCCCACCGAAGAUACAUAAAUCAUUCUACUCAUAUAGUCUAAUAUUUCAACCAAUGCAUGGAAGGUUGAACAAACAGACAGAAGGAGAGCCCUACUAGAUAGUACUACACGCAUUAACAAAAGCUCUCAUUAAGUUAAUAAGUUAAAAAUGAAUAAACUAUUGUUCUCUUACUUUGGCAUCUUACAACAAAUAUAUUAAGAAAUCUUCACUUUAUGAAUACUGCUGGAAAUGUUGCCCAAGUGAUAUGGAUUUCUGCACAUUGAACUGAGCUUGAAUAUUGAAAACUGGAGUGAAUGGUCAAAUUACAUAACUUUCUACUUAAAAUUCAGAUAUGACGUAUUUAUUU